CUAUUAAUUAAAAAGGAGACCAAAUUUGUAAAGAAUCCAUGGAAAUGGAAACCAUGAGCAGCAUAGUGACAACAAAUAGCAAAGAUGAAGAUGAUGAUGUUCCGCUUCCAGGGUUUAGGUUUCAUCCUACCGAUGAAGAACUUGUAGGGUUCUAUCUCCGAAGGAAAGUUGGGAAGAAACCUAUCAGUAUUGAACUCAUUAAACAGAUCGACAUCUACAAGUAUGAUCCAUGGGAUCUUCCAAAAGCGAGUAAUGUGGGAGACAAGGAAUGGUACUUCUUUUGCAAGAGAGGAAGAAAGUAUAGGAACAGCAUCAGACCGAAUAGAGUGACGGGGUCCGGAUUUUGGAAGGCCACUGGAAUAGACAGACCUAUUUACUCCGCCGGUGGAGAAGGUCGUGACUGUAUUGGUCUCAAGAAGUCGCUGGUCUACUAUCGUGGAAGUGCAGGAAAAGGCACCAAAACUGAUUGGAUGAUGCAUGAGUUUCGCCUUCCAGCUGAACAUGACAAUAUCAAAAGCACCAAGCACAUUGAUGCUAAAAACAUUGCUCAAGAAGCUGAAGUAUGGACCUUGUGUCGAAUAUUCAAGCGCAAUGUUUCGUAUAGGAAGUGCACGCCCGACUGGAAAGAAAUAUCCGGCAAGCGACUGAACAAUGCAGUCGAUGCAAGCUCCAAAACAUGCAGCAUGGAGUUUGAUAAUGUUAGGCAAAGUUACAUUAGCUUCAGUGCUAACGUUGCUCCAGCAAUUACAAGACAGAAUGACAAGAAACCCUUGAUCAAUAAUAAUAAUAAUAGUGUUCACGGGCUUGGCCACGUUGAUAUUACAAAUCAGCUGCUGAUGAGCCAGUUAAGCUCAUUUUCUCAAGCUCCAUCCUCAACUACUGCAUCUUAUGCAAGCUUUGCCAGUUCAGACGCGACGGAUUUCUUGAAACAUGGCGACUGGGAUGAGCUGAGGUCAAUGGUGGAAUUUGGUGCCGGUCCAACGUUUUUCUAAUUGCUAUUCGCUUUGAAGAUUAGUAACAGUACCCUAAAUUGCCUUGUGACCUAAACUAAAAGUAAUAUAAUAAUGCUCGGCAUUUAUAUAUAUGUUAUGUAGAAAUUAAUUAAUGUUUGAGUCUAUAAUCCCCCCCCCCCCUAGCUACUUUGAUGUACAAAUACUGAUCUAUUUAACCUUGAUGGUAUCCCGGCCCCUUCAGUUUUAGAACUU